AUGAAACAAGUUUUGGAAAUGUCAUCUGGUUCUGUAAAAUAUUUGAGCCCAAAAAUCCAAAAUGAGCUUAUAAGUGGCACAUCAGAUCUCCUUCUCAAUAAACUUGUGAAAGAAAUAACACUUGCUUCAUACUAUUCGUCAUUUCUCGAUACUACACAAGAUAUAUCUAAAUUCGACCAAUUGAGUGUUAUUAUAAGGACUGUACAGCUGGUACGAGAUAAAGAUAUGUAUGUGGUAGGUUUUGAAAUAAAAGAAACUUUUUUGGGCUUUCACGAAAUCACUGACCAUACAGCUGGUGGAAUGGUUACUAAAGUAAAAGCCAUCUUGGAAAAUUUAAAUAUUGCGAUAAAUAAAUGUUAUGGUCAGGGAUAUGAUGGAGCAAGUGUUAUGAGUGGAGCAUAG